AUGGAAAAGCUCGCGUCACGCGUGAGCCGUGAGCUACGCCUCGACGUGAGCGACGCCACGGUGGAGCAGCUGCGCCGCGUGGUCAAGUUGGCGCAGAGCGACGAGCUCAAGUCGGUGAAGAAGUUCCUCGACCAAAUCAUGCAACACCGGAUGGCGUGGCCUUUUCUGGAGCCUGUCGACGGCCACCUGUAUCCAUCCUACUACCAGGGCCCGCACGCAGUCAUGGAUCCGAUUGACCUUUGCACCAUCAAGAUGAAGCUCGAGCAAGGAUCCUACGCCGAUGCGGUGUGUGGGAAAACUGCCGCCACUUCGACCAUCACCUGCAUCCCCGGCCAAAAGCACCUGCGCACGGGAUAG